CAUCAUGAUGGCCUCAACUGCUUCUCUCCCUCGCUUGUAUACUACUUUUUGCAUACAAUUGAACUUAAUGACAUUAGCAUAUUACUCGCAGCAUUUAAAAUGAUGUGCUUCGCCUCAUGACAAAGGUUCAUUUUAGUGAUUUGACAAAAGUCUCAAAACAAACUUCUGUUAACUUUAUUGUUUUCUGUUUUAUUUUUAGAAAUGGAUAACCCUUCGCAUAUUCCACACACUGCCUCAGAGAGACGACGUGGUGCAUUAACUAAUACCAGUCGUGGCCGAGGUCGAGGUCGAGAUCGUGGUCGGGGUCGAGGUCGUGGUCGGGAUAUCCAGAACCCCACACAUCAGUUUGGUUUUGACCCACGUACACAAGAUAGUCAAUCUGACAUGCAAGAUGCUGGGCGUAUUGAUCACGCAUUACAGAUUGCCCAUCCUAUCAUCGAGGCGGGCCAUGAUGCUAGUAUUCGUGAGCCAGAUAGGUUAUAUGAGGCCAUUGAGAGGAUGACACGUGUUCUUCAAGGUCAACAAAUUGAUGAGGUUGGACCUAGUUCUAUUCCACUUCGAACAUACAAUCGUAGGAGACGAGUAGAUGAUAGGUAGUUGGUUAUGUGAUAAUCUUGUUUUGUUAUUUUGUAAUGGAAAACAAGUACUCUUUUGAUGUU